UCGACCAUGGAAGUACAGUGUUGAUCGCUUUUGAAAUAGUGAAAAGACCCUUGCAGAAUAAGAAUAAAUUAUGAAUCAAUUGAUGGUCCACCUGACGGUGGUGGUGCUAGUGGCGUCAGUGGUCCGGGCAAGUGACGCGGACUUUCGGGUGUUCGAUUUCGGCGAUGAAGAUACGGAAUUUUUCAGUUCAUACGAAAAGGCCUUCAACGACCAUGAAUACUUCCCGUCGGAUUUAAAUCUAGGUGCGUUGGAUUUCAUUGCAGCUACGCCCAACUUUGCCAAACAUUCGUCCUACGUCGAUCCCAGUGAAGUGGAAGUGGCCCGGAGUAAGCGCAAAGCUGCCGCUGCCUCUAGUGAAGAGCACUCCGGUGAAGAUGGGGAGGGUCCGGACGACUACGUAGACCGGUACGAACGGUUCGUGAGCCGUCACUUCCAGGAUCGUGACCAGCAGCGGAAGGAGGACGACGCGAAGGGCGAUGGGGCGGGUUACCAGUAUAGGUUUGACUAUUCUCCAUCGGAUGACUACGAGAGGAUCAAGCAAGAGUCGGAGGCACAAAGUCGGCAACUGGCGAAGGAUCCGAAAAACUGCAAAGCCUUCGAACAGGAUGGGAUGUUGUGCCACGUGUGUCGAGAUCCAGCGACGGAUACCACAUCGGAGUCAUGUGCUUACGCCACAGUUCCUCACCAUAAGAAAUUUGCCUACGUGAAGCAGAAGAACUACAACAGUAGGGAUCACGAGAAGGAACCGGAGAAAGAGGAAGACGAAGCCGAUGUUGAAGGCGACGACGACGACGACGACGACGGUGAAGAUGAGAUUGAGGAAACUACCAAAGCUCCAGUUGCCACUGUGAAGCAACGAACUCGGGCGGAGAACAUUUCCAAUUUGCCGCAGCAGAAGCCGAAAGUUAUACCGACGAAGAAAUCCGUAGUUCACGUCAAACCAGGACAGGCGGCAAUCAACGGUGGUGGAUAUCGCUACCAGCCGGUUGAUAUGCGAUCAAACAAACAGCGACCAGCGGCGGCAGGUCCGGUUCAGACCAUUCAACCGACGUAUUACGACUUUUACACACAUUUCUUCCCGGCCUCGGCGGCGCCCUCGCACGGAUCGGUUGGUCGUAGUCAGAAGAUUCAACAACAGGCACCGGCCAACAGUGACGAUGUUUAUGUGCUGAGCUAUCGGGACAAGGACCAGGUGGCGAAGGUGCUGGCCGAUUUCGAAUCGCGCGAUUGGUCCAACUGUAAGAAAGGUAAGAAAAACGAACUAACCUGCUACACGUGCACCGACAAGGACGGCGUUAAACACGAGGAAUGCAUGUACCUUUCAGAAUCGCGCCAGGUUUCCUCCCGUGUACUUCCGUCAUCAUCACCGGUGGCAUCCCCGGCCCCAGCGACCCAGCAGCCUUCGGACUCCAAACCAACCAAGAAACCGCGCCGCAAGAAGGUCCAACCGGAGAAGAAACCCACUUCACCGAAGCUGAGGAAGCAGUCGGGCAAGUUGGUGGCGGCAAACGAUCCGAACGACGAAAGUGGCGAGCAAGCUGUGACGGCGGCCAGCAACAAAGGACACGAACGGCAGACGGUCAAGCGGACCGUUUCGAUCAAGAGCCACGUGGACGAUUCUUCCGCGUUGGAUCCCUGGCUGGAUGGGGAACGGGUCGUGCACUACGAGCACCACGUGAGCCACCGGCUGUGAGCUGUCGUCGAACGAG